AUGCAAAAGAAUAAGUCGUGUGAAAAGCCUUGCGGUGGCGGUAACGGUGGUGGAGCCUCAGGCGGUGGUAGUGGUGGUGGUGGUGGUGGUGGUGGUGGUGGUGACAAAGGCCAGGUAAAACCGUCGACAAUGGAUCAGACAAAAUUUCUUUUUUUUUCGCUUCAGAAAGCAACUGAUACUCAGCGAACCAUUCUGCCAAUACAUACUCCUAGCUUCUUAAGCGGGGGUACAUGA